GGGGACAGUAUUCUGAUCUUUCAAUCCCAUCCAUUUCACUUUUUUUCCUAAUAUGACGCUGACUGGGAAUAGAACUUCGAAUCCAAGUCAAAUUCAAAGCAUUCACGGAGGAUCAUAUCAUCGUAUAGCCCCUUUUUUGUUUACAUCUCUCAGCUUUCCUCCGUCUUCUGUCUCCUCAGAUUCUCAACCCAGCUUCUAUCAAUUGCGUUCCCAGUUUUAGGUCGAUUACAAUUACAAUAGGAGGGUUGAUUCUUCUAAAUUUUCAGGGUUCCAUCUCAGCUCUUUAUUUUCAGGGCAUGUCUUCAGAUCGUGGAUAGAUAAUGUGAAAAAUCCGAUCUUUCAUCGAGCUAUUGAAUAGAAGAUGUCAAGAAGGGGAAUUGGGACUAUCAGUUUUGAUUGGCAGCAUGUCAAUCUUCUAGGACGCGAAUACCGAUUCGGCAGGAUUAUAGAUUCAUAUUCAGUGGCCUGCGAAGCUUUUUCCGAACAUCUGUUUCUCUGAUCCUUAAUUUCCUUCCCAGUUCCCUUUUUUCUUACUUACUUCUUUGAAAAGUUUGAGUUUUCCUUUAUAGUUCAGAUGGAUUUGGGGGCAUCGGGGUUUGUUUUUCCUUUGAAAACUAACAGAAAGAUGGAAACUUCUGAUGAUGAAGUUGCUGAAGUAUCUUCUGACAAUCGAUACAUUCGGGUAGUCUCUUCUCUUUCCCUAAAAAAGUUGGCUUACUUCGAAACCUCAUAGCUGAAAUUAACUGUUAUUCCUUCGAUAAAUGUCUGGGAUUGUGAAUGUAGUAAUCUUGAUAUGCUUUUGGUUGUGAACAGGAUAACUAGUGCUUAGUUUUGGCACUUUAUGAUUUCAACCUUUUUAAAAUUGUUGAUUCACGGUAGAAUUUGUGUGUAUUCUGACACAUUGACCGGGUAGUUGAGUAAUGGGAUGUUAUAGUUUUCCAGGCUCCUUUAGUUGUUGUUAUGUAAUGUUUUGGCUUUGCCGGUGCCAUCACAUUUUAUUUGUCUUCUUUUCUCCAGUAUAAUGAAAUCUUGGGAAGAGGAGCAUUUAAGAUUGUCUAUAAAGCGUUUGACGAAAUGGAAGGAAUUGAGGUUGCUUGGAACCAAGUCAGUAUUGAUGAGGCAAUGCAGUCUUGUGCAAAUAUGGAAAGGUUAUAUUCUGAGGUUCACCUGUUGAGGACAUUGAAACAUGAGAACAUCAUAAAGUCACUUGACUCCUGGGUUGAUGAUCAGAGCAAAACUAUUAAUAUUAUCACAGAGUUAUUCACUUCUGGAAGCUUGAGGCAAUAUCGAAAGAAACAUAAGGCUGCUGACAUAAAGGCCAUCAAGAAUUGGGCUAGGCAAAUUCUUAAAGGCUUAAAUUAUCUCCACAUUCACAACCCACCUAUCAUUCAUAGAGACCUCAAGUGUGAUAACAUAUUCAUCAAUGGGAAUCAUGGUGAAGUUAAAAUAGGAGAUCUAGGAUUGGCUACAAUAAUGCAGCAGCCUACUGCAAAAAGUGUUAUUGGAACUCCUGAGUUCAUGGCACCUGAGCUUUAUGAUGAAGAGUACAAUGAACUCGUUGACAUUUAUUCAUUUGGUAUGUGCUUGCUAGAGCUCAUAACACUUGAAUAUCCCUACAGUGAGUGCAGAAAUCAAGCACAAAUCUAUAAAAAGGUUACUUCGGGUAUAAAACCUGCAGCUUUGGAUAAAAUUGUGGAUUCAGAAGUAAGGCAGUUCAUAGAAAAGUGCUUGGUACCAGCAUCUGAACGUUUAAGCGCUUCACAACUCUUGAAAGAUCCAUUUCUUUCAUGCGCUACUACUAGUUCAAAGGAACUCUUGCCUGACGUCAUGCAGAACUUAAAUGUAAUGCCGAAGUCUGAUACUCUCUCAAUGGAAAUAGACUCCACCUCUAGAAAGUUAUCCAAUGUUGCUUGUGUAGAAAGCAUGACUGGAAUUUCUCAAACUUCCGAGUUUCUAAGAUGCAAUGGAAAAAAUGAGUUUCGGCUGAGAGGGGACAAAAAUGAUGAAAGUUCCAUUUCCUUCGGUCUGCGCAUUACUGACAAGAGUGGUAAAGUGAGGAAUAUUCAUUUCAUGUUUUACCUUGAUCACGACACUACUGUCUCAAUUGUUGAGGAAAUGGUUGAGCAACUGGAGUUGCCAAAUGAAGAUGUGGCCUUGAUUGCCAAUAUGAUUGAUUACUUAGCCUCAAAACUUGUACCAAGUUGGAAACCUUCGUCAAGAACUUCUGACCAAGAAUCUAGUGAGCAGCCGCAUGUCAUUUCUCAUGUACCAUCAGGAGGGAAUAAUAAUAACAAUAUUGAAGAGUUAUUUAAGGUGAAUUUAUCUUCUUUAUAUGAUGGUGGAGUAUCAACCACAUUUAGUGAGCAUAAGAAGUACUUAACGUCGAUCUCCUCAACUGGGUCAUGGGAUGCUAUAUCUAAUGAUAUGAAUGGUGUGUGUGUUUCCUCGCUCUCUGUAGCUGACAUGGAUGAUGGUAAAGAACAAUGUCAUGAUCUAAAGAUGGAGAUUGAUGCCAUUGACAUGCAUUAUCAUCAAUGUUGUCGAGAACUAAUGCGGAUGAGGGAAGAGGCAAUUGAAAGUGCUAAACGGAAAUGGAUCGCGAAAAAAAAUUGUUCCACUUGAUAUGAUGCCUUCCUUCGUACUAGAGUUUGUGUAGUUAGUGCUACUUCUUCUUUGGGUUUUCUUUUUACCAAACGGAGGAAAUAUUUUUGCUUCCUCCUGAUUAUACAAAUUGCUGUUGUGUUUUAUUUUACCCUACCGCCCCAUGCCUCCCAGGUUUGUUUUUUUUUAAGAAAAUUGAGUAUAUACUUGUUUUUGCCGUUAUUGACAAUUGGCAGUUAGUUUAAUUUUCGAGGGAAUGAGAAUGUUCUCUCUAGCUAUAAGCUAUAUUUAAUUCUAUAUGUACAUAACAUUUUCAAGUUUUCACUUCAAAUAAUUUGUAUUUUGUAUGUGAAGCUUUUCUCACUUUAUGUAA